GCACACCCAGUGCGCAUGCGCAGCACCCCGGCCCGGAAACAGCGCGGGGUCCGCCAUGGCGGCGGCAGCCGAGGGCGUACUGGCGACUCGGCGUGAUGAGCCCGCCCGAGACGAUGCUGCCGUGGAGACAGCUGAGGAAGCAAAGGAGCCUGCUGAAGCUGACAUCACUGAGCUCUGCCGGGACAUGUUCUCCAAAAUGGCCACUUACCUAACUGGGGAACUGACGGCCACCAGUGAAGACUAUAAGCUCCUGGAAAAUAUGAAUAAACUCACCAGCUUGAAGUAUCUUGAAAUGAAAGAUAUUGCUAUAAACAUUAGUAGGAACUUAAAGGACUUAAACCAGAAAUAUGCUGGACUGCAGCCUUAUCUGGAUCAGAUCAAUGUCAUUGAAGAGCAGGUAGCAGCUCUUGAGCAGGCAGCUUACAAGUUGGAUGCAUAUUCAAAAAAACUGGGUAACCGUUUUUACUUCUGUUUUGAUGUAAUAAAGACUGCUUCUUGCCAGCAUAUUCUUAGUAAACAUAAUAGUUAACAUUUAUGGUGUGCCUACAGUGAUCUAUUAAUCUUCACAAAACCUUAGUAAUUUAUUAUUAUAUUAAUAAAAAUAACAUUUCCUGAUUACUUAAUGAUAUAUCAGGCACUGUUCUUAGUGCUUUACAUGUAUUAUGUUUGGUUUUUGUGUUUGUUUUUUUUGAGACAAGUUUCACUCUUGUUGCCCAAGCUGGAGUGCAAUGGUGCGAUCUCGGCUCACCGCAACCUCCGCCUCCUGGGUCUGGGUUCAAGCGAUUCUCCUGCCUCAGCCCCCCAAGUAGCUGGGAUUACAGGCGCGCCACCACGCCUGGCUAAUUUUGUAUUUUUAGUAGAGACGGGGUUUCUCCAUGUUGGUCAGACUGGUCUCGAUCUCCCAACCUCAAGUGAUCUGCCCACCUCGGCCUGGCCUGUAUUAUGUUUUUUAUCUUCCCAAUAAUCUGUGAGGUAAGUACAUGAUUUUUUUUUGUACUUUUAGUAGAGACGAGGUUUCACCAUGUUGGCCAGGCUGGUCUUGAACUCCUGACCUCGUGAUCCGCCCGCCUCAGCCUCCCAAAGUGCUGGGAUUAUAGGUGUGAGCCACUACGUCUGGUUCAAGUACAUGAUUUUUAUCCCCAUUUUGUAGGCAAGGAAACUGUGGUUUAAGGGGAUAAGUAAGUUGCUUAAGGACACUAAGCCAGUACAGGGAAGAGCCAUAUUUCUAAGCAGGUCUGUUUGCUUACAAAGCUCAAGUUCUUAUUUGUAGUUGAGAAAGCAGAAGCACCUUUAAUAAUGUAGAUAAAUAUGUCUUAAAUGAAUAGUCAGUUGAGGAUUUUUUUGAAAGAUCACUUUUCCUUUGAGGAAGAAACUAGUAUUUUUAGUACUAGUGGUUUGCUAACUGGCUCUGGCUCUUACAUACAUGGUUAAAAGUAAAGAAUUUAGUGGGUUUUUUGUUGUUGUUGUUUUGUUUUUUUUUCUAUAAGAGAUGAGGUCUUGCUGUGUCACCCAGGCUAGGGUGCAAUGACGUGAUCAUAGCUCACUGUAGCCUUGAACUCCUGGGCUCUAGUGAUCCUCCUUCCUCAGCCUCCUGAGUACCUGGGACUACAGGUGUGCACCAUCACAUCCAGCUACUUUAAAAAAUUUGUUUUUGAAACAAGGCCUUGCUGUGUUGCCCAGGCUGGUCUCGAGCUCAUGGCGUUAAGCAAUCCUCCCACCUCAGCCUCUCAAGUAGCUGGAAUCACAGGCCUGAGCCAUCACAUCUGGCCUGAGUUUGUUUUUGUCCUUAUAACAUUUACAGAUUAUUUUAUUUUCAUCAUUUAACAAGGGCUGACUACUUCAAGAAAGUAGUUUGUAGUAGGCUGGGAUUUGAUAUGGGUGGCGAUUAACAAUCAGUUUUAUUUUCUACAGUUACAUUUAGCCAGUGAUUACUGUGAACCUUACCGCGUAGAAGGCGGAGUAACCUUACCAUGUAGAAAGUAUCUUGGUUCACAGUAACCAUUUGUGACAGAGUCCCUUUUUCUGUUAAAGUUGUGAAACCAGGUGCUUUCAUGGUUUUAAUAGAAAAACGGAAUGUCACAGUAAGAGGCUUAUUUGAUGGCCUUUUAAAUAUCUGUAUCUUUCAAAAUUGCUUUCCUGGAGUAAGGUGUAAGGAUAAGAACAUACAGGAGGAAACAUACAUUUAUACUUCCUGAGGGUUCCAGUCUGGUUCCAGAGAACACCUGGGACAGUGCUGAGAGAGGCAGUUUUUUAAUAAGGCUCCCGAUAGGUCAAGUGACAGAUAUGCCCCAUCCUGGUGGAGCUGUCUAAGUAGGUGCUGUUGACAGGGUGAGGACUUCGUGAACCUGUGUUAGGCUCUCAAUUCUGAGUGUCUGUGCUUGAAUUCUUAUUCCAAGUUUUACAGAUCAGUGAUCCGUGUAUUUGGACAGAUGAUGAGAUUGAAGCUAAUAGAUUUUUAGUAAUAUUAUACAUAUUUUUAAAACUUGACUGGAAAUGCUAACUAAAAACUGUCUUUGUAAGAGCCAGUUUUAAAAGAUGUAACUCUCCCUCAUCCCUCACAGAAGCCAAGUACAAGAAGCUGGAGAAGCGAUGAGAAACUUAUUUCUAUGGGACAGUCUUUUUUUUUUAAUGUGGAAGAAUGUCUUAUAAAACCUGAAUCCUGAGGCUGAUGAAUUGUGAAAAUUCCUCAAAAGGAAAUUAUGCUGGUCAUCACAGGAACAUCUCAACAUUCGAGUAAACUGGAGGACUGUGGCUAUUCCUGAACCUUCUUUGAGACAGAAUCCCUCAGAAUCUCACACUUAUAACUUCCUACCUUUUACUUGAAUGCUUUGCCAUAUUCAGGACAGAGACUCUCACAAAGUUCAGAAAACAGCUGGACUUACCAGUAAAAUCAAAUGAGAGGACCUAUUUUCUCUGGUAGUGGUUGAUUACUACAUUAUUUUCUUAAGUGGCUGGUUUUUUAGUUACUAUGUAAAUGGUCGUUUUUUUUUCUGUUAAUGAUGCUAAUGUGUUUAAACAAGAUUCUAAAUUUAAAAAGGAAAACAAAACAAACUUGUUCUUUGCAGCUUAUCACCUUGUGAAUGUCGGUAACUUACUUUUCCAUAACAUUGCAAAUAACAUAAAAUCUUAAAAUAAUUCCAAGCUGAGUCUUCUAGAUUGAGCAGAAAUGGUGAAAGGAGUAUUGAUAACUUGGCGUAUGUGAUGGGCCCCUCUUGUUUAUUUUCUAUGUGAGUCACAUUGACAUGCGAUCAGUUUGGGAAAUGUGAUGAAAACAAAGACUAGAUGGGUAUGUGUGUUUAUGUGUUGGGUAGGGAGGUGACGAUUGCCACUCAUAAAAUAAAGGAUUUUAUAAAAUACCUUCCUACUGUGUAUGUAGGAGUUGGGGGGAUCUUAGGGACCUAAUCGACUUCUUUUCCCACUAAAAACAUCAGACAAUGGGACAUACUGACUGACCAGUCUAGGUUGAAAGAUAGGCAGCCUUACCCAGAACACAACAUUAGCAGCUGGGAAGGUGUCUGAGGUCCCCAAUUACAUAUCCCAAAGAGUUUCUUACUUCUGUUUCUGUCAUUUCCCCUCUGUUCCAGACAGUCAUCAUUUAUCCUCUGUUCUUCCUGGACUGUUGCUGUGGUCUCUUCUCAUCUUAACUGUCCCUCCCAACCACCCUCCACACUGCUGCCAGAGCAAUCUUAAAAAUGUAAACUGGCCCUAUUACUCCUGCUUAGAACCCUAUGGUGACUUAUCAUGGCCUCUUUGAAAAAUCUAGACUUUCAUUACGCAUACAAGUCCCUUGUGUUUGUUUGUUUGUUUAUAGACAGGGUCUCUAUUGUCACCCAGGCUGGAGUGUGGUGGUGUGAUAAUAGCUCACCUUGACCUCCUAGGCUCAACUGAUCUUCCCACCUCAGCCUCCUGAAUAGCUGGGACUACCAGCACGCUCCACCAUGCCUUGCUAAUUAUUUUUUAUACAGAUGGAGUCUCACUAUGUUUUCCAGGCUGGUCUUGAACUGGCCUCAAGUGAUUCUCUUACCACAGCCUGCCAGAGUGCUGGGAUUGUAGGCAUGAACCACCGUCCCUAACAUAAGGCCCCUAUUUAAACAUUUUUCUUAAAUAAAAAACAAAAGAGGAAUUAAACUGUAACUCUACUAUCUUAACAUAGAAUCAGUCUUACCCCUUCUUCCAACCCUUUUCCUUUUCCGUGCAUGUAUUGAUCUAUUUUUUUUUUUUUUUUGAGAUGAAGUCUUGCUCUGUUGCCUGGGCUGGAGUGCAGUGGUGUGAUCUUAGCUCACUGCAACCUCUGUUUCCCGGGUUCAAGCGAUUCUCCUGCCUCAGCCUCCUGAGUAGUUGAGAUUUACAGGUGCCCACCACCACGCCAGGCUAAUUUUUGUAUUUUUAGUAGAGACGGGGUUUCACCAUGUUGGCCAGGCUGGUCUCGAACUCCUGACCCCAAAUGAUCCACCCACCUCGGCCUCCCAAAGUGCUGGGAUUACAGGUGUGAGCCACCGCACCCAGCCAUGUUGAUCUAUUUUUAAAAAGUUUUUAUUUCCUGUUACACUGUGUUCAGCUAUCUUCAGCCACCUUAAAUUCCCAUGGAUGAGUUUUCAUAAACUUUUUAAAAAUAGAUUUAGAUUUACAGGAAAGUUGCAAAGAUAAUACAGAAUUUAAUGGAUGAGUUUUUUUAUUGAUGUGUAAUAGAUGUAUGUAUUUUCAGAGUACAUGUGAUCAUUUAAUACAUGUAUAUAAUGUGUAAAUAUUAAAUCAAGAGUUAUUGGGAUGUCCUUCACCUUAAUAUUUAUCUUGUCUUUAUGCUAGGAACAUUAUUUGAAUUAUUCUCUUCUACCUAUUUUGAAAUGUACAAUAGAUUAACAUUAGCUAUAGUUACUCUACUGAUCUAUCAUAGGUCUUAUUUCUUCUGUAUUUGUGUCCACUAAUCAAACUCUUCAUCCUCACAUCCCCACUACCUUUCCUGGCCUCUGGUAACCACCAAUCUACCUCCAUCUCCAUGAGAUCCACUUUUUUAGCUCCCACAUGUGAGUGAGAACAUGUAAUAUUUGUCUUUUCUGUGCUUGGCUUAGUUCAGUUAACACAAUCACCUCCAGUUUCAUCCAUGUUGCUGAGAAUGACAGAAUUUCAUUCCUUUUAUGGCUGAACAAUAUUCCAUUGUGUAUAUAUACCACAUUUUCUUUACCCAUUCAUCCAUUGAUGGACACUUAGGUUGAUUCCAUAUUUUAGCUAUUGUGUAUAGUGCUGCAAUAAACAUGAGAGUGCAUAUA